UCUCGUCCCAGCGUCGGUCCCAUCGCUUGCAUACAUCAUAACAUUUGAAGCUGGACAGGAGCCAACGUCGCUUCUUCGUUGGCAAGGCCUGUCUAGAUACAUGCGCCUUCUCACCCUGCCUUUGCUAACGUACACCAACAUUCCAUGCACAGCGUGUGUGCAUAAUUACAAAAUUACUACCCCCACGCCAGAACAUCUACCCCAGACUAGAGGCGUGGCUAUAUCCCAGGAGAAUGGUCCAUGGCACCGAGCCCCUGGCGGCUAUGGCAUUAUUCCAUCAAGCUCUUUUCGAGCCCUCCCGCGAAGCCACUGGCGAAUUCGACCAUGGGGCGUGCCAUCAGUCACGAAGGCGACAUGGGGGUAUUUUGAGGUUCCGAGACAGCCAACCAAUCACAAGCGAGCCUCCGACAACGUGAACUCCCUCUCUCACACGGCAUGCGAUGCUGGGUCUAAUCGCGAGUGUCGCGUCCUGGCAAUGUCUAGUUGCGUCGCAUCUUCUACCAAUUGACUCCAAGCGGCAUGACAUCGAGUCUCUCGCCAUCCACAUGUCGGGAACUCGGCAUGGGUCUGGCGUUCCCAAAGGGAAGCCAGCUGUGUUCCCGCACCUUGUUGCAUGCUUUAUAUCGUACUGCAGUACAUGUCUCGACUGACAGCUGCCCCACUGCUCAGCCUUACUUGCGUUUUGCAUAUCUUGCGGCUGUUCGCUGACAUAUCCUUCGUCAUCUCAU